UAUUAAAAUGUUAUGUUUUUGUUUGUGUUUUCCUCUUCGCCUGAAUCUGUAUUCUUAAAUUCGGGGUUACUGUCUAGAAAUUUUUCCUAUUUUUCAAUUAAUCUUUUAUUAAAACUUCAUAUUUUUGCAUAAUGGUCGAUGGCUACAUACCGAGUGCUUUCAGUUUUGUUUUGCAGAACAUAUCGGCUUUAUAUUGUUAUAUUUGCGGCUUUUUUAAUACUUCAAUUAAUCUUAGCUAUAAGUUUUUACAAGGAUAAAGAUGAUAAUAGUGAACUUUUUUUUACUUCCACUUUUAAAAAAAAAGUUAACAAUCAGGCUUUAGAUAAAAAUUCCAAGCAGCAUAAAAGCUAUCAGAUUGAUCCUGGUAUUGAUGAUUAUAUCAUAGAUGAUGAAGAUAGGCAAGGAAACAUGUGGGAGAAGCUCCUUAAAGACAGCAGUAGUAGAAACAUAUCUCCCAAAGAUAGUGAUAAACCAAAGUAUGGACAUAUUUCUGUCCCCGAGGACGAUGAAGUGAAAAAGAAACUUUAUAUAGCCAGUGUGAAUGGAUCCAGGAAACUGGAUAAGUUGGAUGGAGCUUUAAACUUAGACGAAUUAGAUUUUCGUCCAUGGUGCAAUAUCACAACAAAAGAGGCAGUUACUGCCAUUCAUCGUGCCACAACACAGGCGUGCAAACAUGAGAUUGCUAACAUAACGUGCCUUAUGCAGCAGGGCAUGCUCUAUCCAAAGAGAUUGCCUCGCUUCUGUCCAUUAAAAGGUGAUGUGCCAAAUAAAAAUUUAGGUUGUUUUAAAGACAACUUUAAAAAAAGAUUAUUGUCAAAUUAUUCAAAAAAGUUGAAUAAUAAUUCUCCUACACAUUGUAUUGAUUUAUGCUUACAAUCUGGUUAUCAGUAUGCGGGUGUACAAUACGCAAAAGAAUGCUUUUGUGGUAAAGAGAAGCCUCUGAGUGAAUUCAAAAUAAGUGAGGAGUUUUGUAAAAUGGAAUGUCCUCAGAGUCCACUUGAAAAAUGUGGAGGUUAUUUCACAAUGAAUGUUUUCCAUACAGGGUUGCCAACUAUGGUUAAACUUGAUCCCAAACCUGCUGUAAAAGUCAUAGAGGGUGAUCCAGUAAGAAUUGUGUUUCUCCUCACUGUUAAUGGUCGUGCCGUCCGUCAAGUCUAUCGCCUUAUCAAAGCUUUGUUUAGUCACAAUCAUUAUUUCUAUAUUCAUGUUGAUUCAAGACAAGAUUAUAUGUACCGCAAGCUGAAAGCUUUAGAAAAGCAUUUUUCUAAUAUACGUCUGUCUGAAGUCCGUCUUUCUACAAUAUGGGGUGGUGCCAGCCUCUUGCAGAUGUUGCUCGUUUGCAUUUCUGAGCUGUUGCUCAUUAAAGACUGGAAAUGGGAUUAUGUUAUCAAUCUCAGUGAAAGUGAUUUUCCUAUUAAGUCAUUAUCCUCAUUGGAAAAGUUCCUUAUAGCAAAUAAUGGAAAGAACUUUGUGAAAUCUCAUGGUCAAGACACUCAAAGAUUCAUUGCCAAGCAAGGCCUUGACAAAACAUUUUAUGAAUGUGAUACUCACAUGUGGAGGCUGGGAGACAGGACACUACCUUGGGGUAUACGUGUGGAUGGUGGGAGUGACUGGAUUGGCUUACAUCGCAGCUUCUGUUCUUAUGUCGUUCAACAAAACAACUCUUUACUACAUGGCCUUAUGACAGUCUUCCGUUAUACAUUACUACCUGCAGAGUCUUUCUUUCAUACUGUCCUUCAGAAUAGUGAGUUUUGUGAAACCGUCAUUGAUAACAAUCUUCAUGUGACUAAUUGGAAGAGAAAACAGGGUUGUAAGUGUCAGUAUAAGCACAUCGUUGAUUGGUGUGGCUGCUCUCCUAAUGUUUUCAAACCGGAAGAUUGGCCCCGCCUUCAGGCCACUGAAGACCGUCCAUAUUAUUUUGCUCGAAAAUUUGAACCUAUUAUCAAUCAACAAAUUAUAGAGCAAGUGGAAACGUGGAUUCAUGGAGCUAGGAAAGGGGUUAUCAACAUGGACAGCUAUUGGCAAAAUGAUUAUCAUUUCCUUGACAAAUCACCGGUUUCAGAUGACUCCCGCAUAAGUAUAUAUGAGAGCUUUUCAAGGAUAGGCUUAAAGCAACUUCAGGCUAUUCAUCAACCUUGCAAGGUUAAAUUUCUCUCCUUAAAGGAAGCAACUAUAUAUAGUGUAAAUGAUGUAUUUAAGGGACUUUUAAUUCUUUAUGAAGCUUCAUUAGCUAAAGAAAAAAAACCUGUGAUAAUAGAAACUCAAGUUCGUCCAAUUCAACAUUAUGUUGUGUAUAAAAGCAUAGGACCAACUGGACGAUUGAAGUUUUUACUGGUUGGCACCGAUUACGAUCUGAAAGAGCAAGUGUUCCGAAAUUUUGGAAGAAUCUUGGGACCCUUCUCAGAGCCAGGGCUUAUUCAUAAGUGGGGACCUGGCACGUCAUUUUCUGCUACAUUUGUUUGGGUAGAUCCUACUAAUUCCGUUGCUGGAUCCUAUGAAGUUAAAAUAGAAAGUGGCAAUCAGAUCCUAUAUCAUAAACCAGUUUUCCGAACUCCCCUACGUCCAGGAGCUUGGACUUUAAAGCUUUUAUAUGAGUGGGAAUUAGUAGCUGAAACUCGUUUCUUGGUCACACCCUUAUCAGUUUACAAUGGUCAAGAAGUGUCCAGUGAGCAAGUGAAGUUCCUUCAUAACGGACCUGGUCAACCGUAUGUCGAUCAUGAUUUCAGUAAUGUCGAGACUUUGCUGGGAUUUACCAACAAAAGUACUCAGCUUCGACAAGCUCUAGCUAAUUCAAGACGUUUUGGCAGAGAUUUGAAAGAGUGGACCGAUAUGCUUGUAGGAAAUUUUUGGAGUACCCAAGACACUUGUUUCAUCCAUCAGCCUCAGCAUCCAACAGGUGGAGCUGUGUGCCAUGAUCUGGAUUUGGACCCUUGUCAUUUAACUUCUUGGAGCUCAUUGGCUGAGGACCCUAAGUCAAUCAUAUUGGAUUUAAAAAGUGAAAAUAAUGUCACAUGACAAAAACUAUUUUCUGUACAGUUUUGUACUUAUUUGUAAAUAUGUUAUUUAAAAUGAAAUAUUAGUGAAAAUAUUUUUCAACUUGCUUUUGCUUUAAAUCUAAAGCUUAAUGUAUGUGUAAUAUUUGUUGCUGUUAUGAGUAAUAUUUAAAGUCUUUUCUUUUGUUUUUCCAGUCUCACUGUUGUGUUCAUAAAAGCAUAGUGUAAAGUCUAUUGAUGCAUUUAAGCUUAUUUUUUGUAAUUUUUUAUUGCUUAUUAUGAAUGUUUCUGUAGAAGAAGAAAUGGUUUAAAAAUAGAAUUUUCUACUCAAAGUUUUUUGUGGGAGAAAUGAGUAUUUCAGGGUAGGGCUGUGGAUUUAUGGAGAUAACUAUUUUCCAAGCAUUAAAGUCAGAAAUUUUUUUUAAGUCCCACUCUGGACACAAUUAAGAAAAAAAUAUGUGAGCUUUUCUUUGGUAAUAACAUGCAAUUACAAAUUAUUCAAUUAUAUAUAUUUUGUUAAUAUAUUAUCUUUGAUUCAUAAAUUCUAAUAUCAAAUUUAUUUAGUUAUUAAGUAGUUAAAAAGACAGUCAAUUAAAAAGAUAAUGGAAAUAAAUUUAAUGCAUCAUGCGUGACAGUUUCUUAGUUAAUGCUUUUCUUGCAAUAAGAUGCUUAUAAGUGCAAAUGAGAUAUUAAGAUCUAUCUCUUUUCUAAUAAUGGUAGUGCAAAAUUCUUAUAUUUUGUACAAAUAUAGUUUUUAGAAUUUAUUUCUUCAACUACUAUAUAAAAGUGUAAUACCUUUAAUUCUAGUUGUAUUAAAAAAGGCAAAACUGAAUAUAAUUUGAAAUCAGCAUUUACUUAGUAAUAAUAUGAAUAUUUUCGGUGAGCCUUUGUUUUUCAUUUGGAGAAUUCAUAAUUGGGGUUUGGAUUACAAAUUCUCUAAACAUUUGGAUUAAAAGAUCCAGUAUAAGUCUUGUUCUCAGAAAAUUUUAACACUUCAACUACCCUCUUUGCAUCUCUAUUUAAAGCCAUCUAUAAAUGAUGUCAUGCUUAAAGGGAAGGAAAAAGAUUUCUGACAGUCUGUGACAAGAGGUGUGACAUCACACAUUUUGGUUAAAUUACAAACAUUAAGAGCAUCACAUUAAAUAUUUUCAUUUAAUGAUGAUGAAAGUAUGUUAUAUGCUGGUGAUUUUGUUUGGUUUUCUUGUUGUUCUUAUUUAGUUUUGAAAAAAAAAAUCAAUGAUGAUUAAGAUUUAAAUUAGUCCUACUUUUAUAUUUAAACGGAAAUUUUUAAAGGCAUACUCAUUGUUAUUGUUAUGGCUCAAAAAUGUCAUUAAAAAUUGAAUCUGAUAUAUGAUUUACCAGGUAAUGCUUUGUUUUGGAACUGUAAGUAUUAUGUGUUUGUGUAAUAUAGUGUGACAUGGCGAGAGCAUGGAGGUGUGGGAAAAAUAUGGCAUUUAGUCAGAAACAGAAAGUUCAAAACAUAGUUAAAGAAUUAUUUAUGGUCAACCCCUUCGAGAAAUACUGAAUUUUAAAUUGAACCUAUUAAAAUUCAGCUUUUUUGGCAUAAAUUAGUUUCUCCUGACUUAUGAAUCAAAACUAAAAUUUUGAAGAUAAAAUUUAAAUAUACUCAUAUGUAAAAAUAGAUUUUGCUAGAAAAUUCUGGUUUUAACCAAUUUUCAAUACCAGCAGUUACUUUUUUAAUUAAAUGCAUUUGUUUUGUUACAUACAAAGUACCUGAUUUAGGUUUAGUAAAAAAAAUGUUAAAUAUUUAUGGCUGUUUUUAUAGUUUUUUUUCUUUGUAAAAAUACUACUACUUAAUUAAUAUCCAUCAAUAAUAUUGUGAUUAAACUGUACAUAAUCAUAAUAACUAUAAGAUUAAUUUAAUUAAUAAAAUAUUUAUAAAAGUAUAAAUGUAAAUUCACUUCUAUAAAAUCUUAGUGUGUUAAAUGUUGUCGUUAAUUUUUCUGUGAAAGUAUAUUAUAAUGCUUAUAUAUAAAUUUGUAAUUUAUGUAUUAUACAUAAAUCAAUAGUUUAUGUAUAAUGUAUAUACACAAAUCUGUGGUAUUUUAUGAAGGUGCAAAAGUAAAUUUGGAGUGGCAGAUAUUGUUAGCUGGUUUAUUGUGGAAAGUAUAAAGAAAAUUUUGUAAUGCUCUAAAAAAAGUCUCAAAAUACUGGAAAUUUUUUAUUUGUAUUUUUUGAAAAAUUUUGUUUUAGAAUGUUUUGGUAGUCACUUACAUUGAAGUUACAAUUUCGUUUAUAUUCACCAUUAUUACUUUUAGUAUAGUUCAGAUGAGUUUAAUUUAAAAUAAACUACUUAAUGUACAGCUCAAAUUAUGUUAUUUUUUUUUUAUCUUGUACUAUAUCAGUUUAAUAUUUAAGACUGUAUCAAAUUUUAAAUAGAGCUUUGAUUUAUGAUGUAUGAACAAUAAUCUAACAUUACAUAUCCUAAUUAUUAAUUCAUAGUCAUUUAGAUAUAGUGUCCAACACAGGCAUAUCAUUUGUGCAAUUUUUAAGUAUGGAACUUGAAUAUCAUAUUCUAACAGAAUUUUUUUCUCUAUGUAUAUAUUUUCCUGCAGUAAUUUUUCAUAUUUUAUGUAAAAUAACUGUUUAAUAAAUUUUAAAAAUGCCAAUGCUGUGAUGUCAAUGACAGCAGACAAACUUAGUAGCAUUGUGCAAACACUUUCCAAUGCCUUAUUAAAUUUUAUUCGAAUUUUCUAUGCCAUAUAAUAAAAAAUGUUUAUACUAUUACAAUAUAACCAAUUUAUCUUUUAUCUUCCAUGAGUUAUAUCACUUGAAAUGCUUCAAUUUUUUUCUUUUUAUUAAUCAGUUACAAGCUAAUAUUUCUUCAAUUAUUAAUUCAGAAAUAAUUCAGUUGUACUAUUAUAUAACUGUUCUAAAAUUUUUUAUUUUCUCAAUAUUUAUUUGUGCGAAAAUUAAAUUUAUUUAAAGUUGAAUUAAUUUUUGUUUAAAUAUCAGGAUAAAAACAGUUUAACAAUGUUAUAAAUUUUAUUUUCCAUCACACAUUAGGAAAGGUUUAGAUUACAUAUUUUGUAACAAAAUAUUUACAUUUCUUUGUAUGAAACUAAGUAAUAAACAGCUAAUUUUCCUACCAAUUUGAGAAGAUGUUAAUUAAAUGUAAUAUUUCUUAAUUUAGAAGAUCUGCUAUUAUGGAUUAUAGUAAAGAUCAUUAAUUUAUGCAGACAUAUAAUAAAAAAAAUCAAAUAAGUGAAAGAAGCAAGCUUAACAAACAAAGCAACCACCUCUUUAAUAGCAAUUGCACUGCUGGAGGAAUUGAGCUGAAAAAAGGUCUUAAUAAAAAAAAAAUGAUAAAAUUUAUUUAGUACUUUUACUAAUUAAAAUUUCUUUGCUAUCUCUUAUUAGGUUUUUAUGUCCUACCUAAAUUUACAAGUUCCAGGUUACUUCUUCCGAUUGAUUUAUUUAUAGGUCAAAGCUUAGAAAACAUGUCAUCCUAUAUUAUCAUUGUAUUCAUACUGUUCACACUAUGAUAAACUAUAUACUGUUCAAUCUUUAAAUUCAUUUUACUUAAGCUAUAAGUAUAAAAAACUGAAGAUAACACUAAAAUCAGAGCAAACCUUACACUUGUGUUGUGAUGUUAAUUUCCCUAAAUCAAUAUAUGGCUAGUAACUUCGUAAAAGUUAUAAAAUCACAAGAAAAAAAUCUUAUAAAUGAUUAAAUAACAUGUAAAUGCAAUCUCAAUAAUAAAGAUCCCAAAAAUACCAAUCUGUUUCACAUAUCUCAUUGCCAUAACACGAACGAAGGGAUACACCAGAAGUUUUCAAGAUUUCGUUCCAGUUUUUGAAUCUAGUUAUUGUUUACACUUAAUUAAGCAUCGGUACAGUUAGGUGCAGUUUUUAUGAAAUAUUAAAACUGGAAAAGGCAAUUCUAAAAUAAUUUUUUUUAAAAAUAUAUUUUACAAAACUUGCAUUUUUUUUAUGUGCCAUUUUUUAUUUUAGUUCCUUGUAUUUUUGUGUUGUGUCCUAUUUAAUAACUACAAUCAGUGCUAUUUUUUAUUUUUUUCUUGUUUAAUUGUUAUUAAUUUAUCUGUUAUUUCAUAAUAAUUGUUGAUAUUUUUUUUAUCACUUUUUAGUUAAAGUGAAUAUGAAUACUUACGGAAUUAAGAAUCGUUUAAUUGUUAAAAUUAGUGAACAUCACACAAACAGAAUAAUAUACUCAAAUUCAAAUAUAAAUUUCAGUUAAAAUAAUAAAUUUCAGU